CCCCUCCACUUCCGAGUUGUGAGAUUUUUUUUUGAGUGAGCAAAACUACAGACAACAGCAUUGGAGUGGGGGAGGAUUGGUGGUUUCAUUUACGUUCUACACUGAUUAUUUUCCUUAAAGAAGACGUUAUUUUAUUAGGCGAUCAUAUCAAAAUGAAUGUAGGCGUUGCUCACAGUGAAGUGAACCCCAACACAAGAGUGAUGAACAGUCGGGGAAUCUGGCUGACAUAUGCCCUUGGUGUUGGAAUGCUUCACAUUGUGCUACUCAGCAUUCCUUUCUUCAGUGUACCAGUAGUGUGGACCCUAACAAAUGUGAUACACAAUUUGGGGAUGUACGUGUUUCUGCAUGCAGUUAAAGGCACACCAUUUGAGACACCAGAUCAGGGUAAAGCCAGGUUACUUACACACUGGGAGCAGCUGGACUAUGGAGUGCAGUUCACAUCCUCAAGAAAGUUCUUCACCAUCUCACCAAUUAUACUAUAUUUUCUGGCCAGCUUCUACACAAAGUAUGAUACAGCACACUUUAUUAUAAACACAGCUUCUCUUUUAAGUGUGCUUAUCCCAAAAUUGCCGCAGUUACAUGGAGUCCGAAUCUUUGGCAUCAACAAAUAUUAAACUGGAGUGUCUGAAAGUUGCCAUUUUGUGACCAAUGCUCCAAUUAGAUAUUGUUUUUACAUGGCGAGAUGAAUUGGUAACCUGCUGUACAUUGUACCCCAGUAGUGUGUACUAAGCAGUUUUGUACAGUGUCUAUUUGCCACUUUCAUUCUUUAAAUGCAUUUGGAAAAAACAUGUCAGGGACUUUGUAAGAGGCAAAUGCAUUACUGCACUUACAUGUGCAUUACUAACUUAAAUGACUAUUUAACGCUGGAUUUCUUUAAAGAACUGGGCAGGCCCCGUUCUUAGACUUGAAGCAUUUUCAUGAAGUGUAGUGUUUGUUGCUUGGGGUCUUUGCCCACUGCAUCCAGAAUGGUGCUGGUACUGAAGAGUCCAUUCAGAUUAAUCUUUGAGAGAGGCACUCUGCCCACAAGCCACGGAAAAUAUACUUUUUACAGAUCAUUUGUUCAUUUGAAUAAGGGCCUGUGAUUCAACUUAAGAUGAUGCUGUUUUUAUUUAAUGUUGUUACUUUGCUCAUUAGGGCUUAAAUUAUGGAGGAAACAAUUUGUUUUGCAUGUUUUUUUUUUCCACUGACUGAAUUGUCUGUACACAUUGUUAGAAAAUUUAAAAAAAUACAUUUUCUGUCUACAGAAGAAUGUAAGCAAAUUUUUAGUUUUGUGUAAGACUAUAAGUUUCAAUUCUUAAGGGUGAACUUGGAUUCAAGAUUUCUUUUAAAGCACUGUUCUUUCAGAAGACUUUAACUGAAAAUGUUGUAUUUUUGAAACUUAUGUGGCUGUAUGUUUGUAAGACAUGUUUAUGGACCUUUUUAAAGCUCUUCGUUAUUGCUGAGGCAGCUAGCCCUUGCAGGUCUGCUCAUCCAAGGUGUUCUUGGAGCUUUUCAACAGCCUGUUUACUUAUGACAAUAAAAUCAUUUGUGCCCUUCAA